CGGAACUAGUUUGGAGAGCUGGUGGGCGGGGAUAGACCAAGGACAGACUGUCAUAUUUAGUUUUAGCCCUUGGACUGCUCUGUAGUUGUCACCUUUAGGGUUCCGGUCGUGGUGUCAGAUAUAGUAAUCAUGCUCUGCAGACUAAGCUUGUGCGGCAGAACAAGCCUUAAACUUGUUCCUGUGUUGGGAUGUUCCUCCUCCAGACAGAAACAUACGUUGCCUGACUUGCCUUAUGAUUUUGGUGCACUGCAGCCUCAUAUCAGUGCUGAGAUUAUGCAGCUCCAUCAUGAUAAACAUCAUGCUGCCUAUGUCAACAACCUGAAUAUUGCCGAGGAGAAGUGUGCCGAGGCUUUGGCUAAAGGAGAUGUUACAGCUCAGGUUGCCCUCCAGUCUGCUCUUAAAUUUAAUGGAGGAGGCCAUAUAAAUCACUCAAUUUUCUGGACUAACCUCUGCCCGAAUGGUGGAGGAGAACCCCAAGGUGAACUUUUGGAAGCAAUAAAGCGUGACUUUGGUUCUUUCGAAAAGUUUAAAGAUAAACUUACAGCAUUGUCAGUGGCAGUUCAAGGAUCAGGAUGGAGCUGGCUUGGUUUUAACAAAGAAUCUAACCGCUUACAAGUUGCUGCCUGUGUUAACCAGGAUCCCCUGCAAGGAACAACAGGUCUUAUUCCUCUUCUGGGCAUUGACGUAUGGGAGCAUGCUUACUAUCUGCAAUAUAAAAACGUUAGGCCAGACUACCUGAAAGCCAUCUGGAAUGUUAUAAACUGGAAGAAUGUAUCGGAAAGAUACCAGGCUAGUAAAAAAUAAGCUGUUGCCUUUCACCCCCUGUUCCGUCCUUAAAAAGCACUUACAACUUGUCAUUUGAAGAUUUACUGUUAGAAUUAAUCAGCCUUUCAUUUUGUUGCAGUGUUUGUUGCAGUCUCGCCUUAAAUACAUUGUUAUUCAGAGCUGUUUUGAAAUUCUGGUAGUCUGUAAAGUUGCAUAAGAAGUUGACUUCUCACCAAAAAUAAACUGAAAUAAUAUAAAAUA